AUGGAGUACUGGGCAGAGAAGCCAAUGGAGGUGAGGGCAAUGGAGGUUUUAGGAAAAGGGUUUGAUUUGAGUAGUGAUUUCAGAUUGAAAUUUGCAAAAGGAACGAGUAGUAAUAAUGAAAGGUUGGUGCUUUUGGACGAGACUAACAAAAGGGAUGUUGUGUUUCCGGGUGGCCUUACUAUUUCUAAUGUUCCUGAUGAUAUUAGAUGUGAUAAAGGUGACAGAACUCGUUACAAAUCUGAUGUUCUUGAUUUCAAUCAGUGUUUGAUUUGUUUUUCGAUGUGGGGGAUUUGGAGUCUUGGAUUGAAGCUGCGAAAUGAAAAUCCCAGAGCUUCAGCAAAGCAGUUUGAAGCAAUGAGGUCACUUGGAGACUGGUUUCAUGAUACUGCAGACUCCAAGUAUCUAGCUUUUGAUGGAUACUUCAUCUCGUUGUACUAUUUGCACCUGACAACGUAUCCACUAACUCUGAAAGAUGAAGUAAAGAAGUCUGUCCCUCCUCGUUGGGAUCCUGCAUCAUUAACUAGGUUCAUCCUUACAUAUGGCACACACAUAAUAAUAGGGAUGGCUGUCGGAGGUCAAGAUUUAAUUUGUGUUAGACAAACACCAUCCUCACCUAUUCCCCCUGCUGAGGUGAGAAAGCAUUUGGAAGAUCUUGGAGAUUAUCUAUUUUCAGACAGAAGGAAUCCACCCCUGCUACAAAGGAAUACAAGAGAUGGAAAAGAAGUUCCCGAGGUCUUCAAUCGUAUUUUGCAUUCAAACAGGAUGCGGCUGACUAGCAUUACAGAAACUUCAAGCAAGGAUGGCCUCACCAUCAUUUGUUCGAAAAGAGGAGGAGAUGUGUUCUCUAAGAGUCACUCCAAUUGGCUCCAGACAGUGCCUGCUAAACCUGAAGCAAUUCUAUUCAAAUUCGUACCUAUUACAUCUCUUCUUACUGGGAUUCCGGGAAGUGGUUAUCUUAGUCAUGCAAUCAACUUGUAUCUGCGUUACAAGCCUUCGCCAGAUGAUUUACAAUGCUUCUUGGAAUUUCAAGUUCCAAAGCAAUGGGCUCCUAUGUUUUGUGAUCUGCCUUUAAGGCAUCAAAGAAAGAAAGCUUCUUACCCUUAUUUACAGUUCAGCUGUUUGGGUCGUAAGAUCUAUGUUAGCCCUACCCAGGUUUCAAGUGAUCAAAAACCUGUGGUUGGCCUACGUUUGUACUUAGAAGGGAAGAAGUGCAACCGAUUGGCACUACAUCUACAGCAUCUCUCAAGCCUUCCGAACAUCAUGACCUUCCCAUCAGCCGAUCCCACCAUGUGCAUUCCAUGUCAAUGGCAAGGCUCUGAUGAUUAUAAAUCUAGCGACCAGUUCUUGGAACCAAUUAGAUGGAAGAGAUACUCAAAGGUGUGCACAUCUGUUGUUAAGCAUGAUCCCAGCUGGUUGCAGGGAGAUUCAAGUGGAGUGUUUAUUGUAACUGGUGCACAGCUCCUUUGCAAGGGGCGGUGGCCUAAGACGGUACUUCACCUCCGUCUUCUUUUUACGCACUUACCCAACUGUACCAUUCGGAAGACAGCAUGGGCUGCUGUGCCAGAAGCAUCUCACAAAUCAAGUUUUCUGACAAAUCUGAGCACAACAUUCACAUUUACACAGCGAACAAUAACUGGUCCAGAAAAGCAAGGUCCAGCUGCAAUUAACUCUGGUGUGUAUCCAGAUGGUCCUCCUGUUCCGAUCCGCUCUAGAAAACUGCUUAAAUAUGUGGAUGUGGCUGAGGUAGUGAGGGGUCCACAAGAUGCUCCUGGACAUUGGCUGGUUACAGCUGCUAAGCUAGUCACAGAUGGUGGUAAGAUUGGUUUGCAUGUGAAGUUUGCAUUGUUGGACUAUGGAUUUCACUGUGCAUAA